CAUCUGGAACACGCAGCAUUCACUGCCAGAUGGGAUGGGUGAUUUUUCAGGGGCCCAGCUUGAUAUGCCUGGCUGGGGUGGGUUCACUUGGACGACGCUCUGGGGCUCUGAUAGUUUGGGAUGUUCCUUUUUGCAUAGUCAGUUCUUCCCCCUAAAUUGUUUUACCCCGACCUAUGCCCAAUGCCACUCUCUUCUUAACUUGCUUUGGUUAUUUCAAUUCCAGCUUUUAAAUGGGAUCUAAUAAUUGCAAAGCUGAAAGAAAGGUAAAACAAACAGAACCCUUUGACUUUUGGCACAUAGAUGGUAGAACUACCUAGUGAAGGUCUGCUGUAAUGACCUGGUUAUCUAUAGCGUUUUCUGUUGUCAAAGAGCCAAAAGCGCUUUUUAGGGCGAAAGGGCUCGUCAGGUGUUUGCUCUCUAGGGAGCAUGUCACCGGCCAGGGCUUGUAGUCUUUCAGGAGUGGUGCGCUGGAUUGUAUUUAGUAAUCUCAAAAUAAAAGGUUAAGACUGCUGGUUCACAAUAUCCAAUGAAAUCUUGGAAACGAUUAUACAAAUAGACUCUAAUGCUAUUAAAACAACAUGGCAUUAAUACUGAUUCAAAACUGAAAUUAAAAUUAGGAGAUAAACACAUGAGAAAGGAACUGACACCUAAUUUCUAUUUCUUAAUGCCUGAAAUUUUGACAUUCAUUCACACCAUCUUUUUUUUUUUUUCAAAGCAAGCACAGCACACAGGCAAGUUAAUUAAUGAAAGCACGCCAAUUAUUGACUGCUGUGUGUUGCAUAAGCAUCUGUCAAGGCUGCUUCCCCACUUUGAACUUUAGGGUACAAAUGUGGGGGCCUGCAUGAAAACUUCUAAGCUUAACUACCAGCUUAGAUCUGGUCCACUGCCACCAUCCCAAAGCUAAUUCCCUUCCCUGGGUAGCCUUGAGAGACCUUCACCAAUUCCCUGGUGAAUACAGAUCCAAACCACUUGGAUCUUAAAACAAGGAGAAAUUAAUCAUCCCCCUCCUUCCUUCCACCAACUCCUGGUGGAUCAAGAUCCAACCCCCUUGGAUCUAAAAACAAGGAAAAAUCAAUCAGGUUCUUAAAAAGAAGGCUUUUAAUUAAAGAAAAAAGGUAAAAAUCAUCUUUGUAAAAUCAGGAUGGAAAAAUAACUUUACAGGGUAAUCAAACUUAAAGAGCUCAGAGGACUCCCCUCUAGCCUUAGGUUCAAAGUACAGCAAACAGAGAUAAACGCUCUAGCAAAAGGUACAUUUACAAGUUGAGAAAACAAAGAUAAACUAACAUGCCUUGCCUGGCUGUUUACUUACAAGUUUGAAAUAUGAGAGACUUGUUCAGAAAGAUUUGGAGAACCUGGAUUGAUGUCUGGUCCCUCUCAGUCCCAAGAGCGAAUAACUUCCCAAACAAAGAGCACAAACAAAAAACCUUCCUCCCACUCCCAAAGAUUUGUAAGUAUCUUGUCCCCUUAUUGGUCCUUUGGGUCAGGUGUCAGCCAGGUUACCUGAGCUUCUUAACCCUUUACAGGUAAAAGGAUUUUGGCGUCUCUGGCCAGGAGGGAUUUUAUAGUACUGUACACAGGAGAGCUAUUACCCUUCCCUUUAUAGUUAUGACAGCAUCUGAUUAAGCACCCAUUUAAAACUGUACCACUGUAAGUGAAAAUGCGUCAACACAGCUUAGCUCCAAUGUGUUUACAUGUGAAUUAAAAUUCUUUCUAAAUUAAAAGUUUCUAAAUUAAAUAUAUGGCAGGAUGGUAAAUAGGGGGGAAAUACACAGAAGUGCCUCUACCCAGUCCUGUUGAUUUCUUGUCCCAACCCCCCAUGAAUUCUGGCCUCUCAGUCAACUCAGCUCCCAGUCCCACAUCAGCUGUGCCCUCUCCCAGCCUAACCCAUCUCUAUUGCAGUUCUUCAUCCCCCUCGUCCAGGCAGGGGGGUGGUGCUGCAGCACUCAAGGCACCUGCGUUAAUCACUGUCCCCACAUACUGGGGCUAUUUAGAUUUCAGGAAACGAUUUAUCAGAGUUACUGAGGCCUGGUCUACACUAUGGGUUUAGGUCGACUUUAGCAGCGUUAAAUCGAAUUAAGCCUGGACACGUCCACACAAUGAAGCCCUUUCUUUCGACUUAAAGGGCCCUUUAAACCGGUUUCUUUACACCACCUUCGACGAGGGGAUUAGCGAUAAAAUCGGCGUUUGCGGGUCGGAAUUGGGGUAGUGUGGACGGAAUUCAACGUUAUUGGCCUCCGGGAGCUAUCCCACAGUGCUUCAUUGUGACCGCUCUGGACAGCACUCUCAACUCAGAUGCACUGACCAGGUAGACAGGAAAAGACCCGCGAACGUUUGAAUUUCAUUUUCUGUUUGCCCAGCGUGGAGAGCACAGGUGACCACGCAGAGCUCAUCAGCACAGGUAACCGUGAUGGAGUCCCAGGAUCACAAAAGAGCUCCAGCAUGGACCGAACGGGAGGUACGGGAUCUGCUCGCCAUAUGGGGAGAUGAAUCAGUGCUAGCUGAACUCCGUGGCAGUAAAAGAAAUGGCAAAGUAUUAGAAAAGGUCUCCAAGGCCAUGAAGGACCGGGGCCAUAACAGGGACACACAGCAGUGCCACGUGAAAAUUAAGGAGCUACGGCAAGCCUACCACAAAGCCAGAGAAGCAAAUGGAAGGUCCGGGGCAGAGCCGCAAACUUGCCGCUUCUACGCGGAGCUGCAUGCCAUUCUAGGGGGUGCAGCCACCACUACCCCAACCGUGUGCUAUGACUCCGUCAAUGGAGAAACACACAGGGAAGACGGUUCGGGGAACGAGGAAGAUGAGGAUGGAGGUACUGUAGGUAGCUCACAGCAGCAAGGAAGCGGAGAAACCGGUUUCCCCAACAGCCAGGAUAUGUUUGUCACCCUGGACCUGGAACCAGUAACCCCCGAACUCACCCAAGACCCUCAGGGCACACAGGAGACCUCUGCUGCAAAUGUUUCUCCUUCGCAGAGGCUAGGGAAGAUUAGAAGGAGAAAACGGAGGACACGGGCCGAUAUGUUCACGGAGCUGCAGCUGUCCUCCCACGCUCAUAGAGCACAGCAGAAUGCGUGGAGGCAGUCAAUGUCGGACAUGAGAAAAGCACAAUAUGAACGAGAGGAGAGGUGGCGGGCUGAAUGGCGGGAUGAAAAGAGCAAGUGGCGGGCUGAAGAUGAUAGGUGGCGUCAGCUUGCAGACAGACGGCAAGAGUCAAUGCUCAGUCUGCUGGAGCAUCAAACUGAUAUGCUCGAGCGUAUGGUUGAGCUGCAGGAAAGGCAGCAGGAGCAGAGACCGCCGCUACAGCCCCUGUUUAACCAACAGCCCUCCUCCCCAAGUUCCAUAGCCUCCUCACCCAGACGCCCAAGAACACGGUGGGGGGGCCUCCGGCCACCCAGUCACUCCACCCCAGAUGAUCGCCCAAGCAUCAGAAGGCUGGCCUUCAAUAAGAGUUAAAGUUUUAAAAUGCAGUGUGUCCUUUUCCAUCCCUCCUCCCCCACCCAUCCCAGGCUACCUUGGAAAUUAUCCCCCUACUUCUGUGAGGAAUUAAUAAAGAAAGCAUGAAU